AUGCCUGCUUUAGCUCUACCAGCUGCUAUUGGUGUGCCUUUGCAAAUGGGAUAUAUAUCCCAGUUAGCCCCGAGGCUCAUCCCAACCAAGGAGUAUGAGGUGUUUCCGAACUGGCUAUUCGAGGAUCUUUCUUACGUCAAUGGGCUACAACCAGCGCCAGAUUCUGAAAAGAAGCCCAUUGAUCGUCCUCGGACACCGAUUUUUGAUGGGCCAUACUGCUUAGUGGCCCUUUGGAAGCAUAGCCCAGAUGGAUAUCGCUCAAAAAACAACUGGGUUGGAUGGCCUCUGGGGAAUCCGGAUGUAGAUCCAGUUAAUGGCAAUGUCCACAGCUAUUGGGAUAACAUUCGAGACAACAGAAACGGAAUGAGUGGCCAGUGUAAUAACCUCAAAGAUCUCAAUAGUAACAUCCCUCGACAGCUCUCCUCUUUCAGGGUUACUGGAUACUGUGAGUGUGAGUUCUUUGCGGACGAGGAUUGUCAUCCGGAGAGUUCUAGAUUUGCUGCCUACAAUCGAGAGGAUGAGGCGAUGUGGAGAAACGGGAAAGACGACAAUACGAUCCAGAGCAUUAAAUGUAGAUAUGCUGAGAGUUGGGGGGGUGUUGAUGGCUUUACAGUGACAUUUGUCGAUAAUAAGACUGCAAGGCGUCCGGACCAAGUAGAAAGACUAGGACCUAUCCCGGACGGUGCCAGCUUCCAAGGGACUUGGAGCCCUGGCGUUCACAGAAUUGAGGACAGCAGGAAAUGUCUUAAAGUUGGUCAUCCAGAUACAGAAUCUGGAAACUUUCGUGUUACAGACGUUAGUGUCGUUCAUGCUACAUGUCAUUUCUAUCUAGAUGAGAAUUGCAAUGAGCCAGAAGGUGGUAUGGACAAUCCGCUGUUUACUCUGGCGUCGACGGGUAAAAUCGAAUGGACAGAUCAGGACGGCGGAGAUGCACGGGGGAAAAAUAUUCGUUCAUACAAAUGCUUUCCUGGAUAUAACAUUGCCUACCAUCGCCAGAGCCAAGAGAUAUGGGAGUAUAUUAAGAGAAUGGUUAGCAAUCCAGUCUAG